AUGGCCGCGUCUCUCCCGAAGCCUGGGACCCGGCUCUUCCGAACGUACGCGGCGAGGGGAGUCCGGAGGGCGCAUUGCCAGCCGGGAGGGCUGGCCGUGCAGUGGUUCCAGCCGCCGGACCCGAAGCGCGCCUUCAGCAGCAGCGGCAGUGACCUGUCGCAGCCCGCCGCUUCCGACAGCUCUGACGGCGCUGAAGACCCCGCAGACCCCGACUUCCCCGGUAGCCCCGUGGGCCCGCGGCGCAGGCGUCCUCGAGGCCGCGGCCGCCGGGACCAGUGGACGCUGACAGCCACCCAGAGGCUCCGGAGCCUGCGGCCUCGGCACCCCCAGAAGUGCAGCACCCCGCGCGGCCGGCUGCGACCGCCGCCCUUCUCCAGCUGCAACCCGGGCUGCCCCAGCGUGGACCUCAGCGUGCGCUGCCAGUCCAGGGACAGCAACGAGCUGGGUACCAGUGCCUCCUUGUUCAGCCCUCCGGCCUCUUCCGGAGCCCCUGCCUCUCCGGAUGCAGACUCUGCGGUCCCCAGCGGCUUCCAUUUCUCCGCAGCCUCCCCGGAUGAAGCAUCUCUGCCCGGCCCCCGGGAAGCAGCCACGAUGGCCAGCCAAGCCGGAGACGACUUCAGGUUAGCUCCCUUUAGCCUUGUGGACUCAGAGACCACAGAAGAUAAAGAGUUUGUGAAGGAAUCGUGUCGUGAAAGACAGCAGAUGGGAAAUAGACUAAAGGGUCCGAGUCUGGCAAGCAAGGGAAAGGGAAGGACCAGGGGUCAAAAGGUUGUGUCUCAAGAAACCGACCAGAUGGACGAUGGGGAGGGCAGUGGUAACAGAGACCUUCGAGGACCAGGACAAAUCAGCAGGCCCAAGGGAACUGGGCCACUCCGGAAGAGGAAAUCCCGGGAAGCAGUGGGAACCUCUGCUCCUCCACACAACCAGUCUAAGAAGAAAAGGGAAGAUUCCGAUCCCUUCCCGGACUUGAAUCCUAACCUUAAGACCUGUUCUUGGGCCAAAACCAGGGCCUCCUUCGGCUUCCACAAGAAGAAAAUUGUAACGAAUGUGUCAGAGGUAUGCAGUAUUUAUACAAUUGCCAGUUCUCCCUGUAGGUCCCUCCUGUCUGAAUAUUCGACCUCUCCUCUCACGAACAUAGCAAACAGUACUGUUUCUUCUUGUCACUCCUCCUCUAUGUAUCUGCUAAGCCCCUUAAAGACCCUGCAUGUCACAGACAAAAAGCCGUUUUAUGCUGAAAAGGUUUAUGGGGAGUGUAAUCAGGAAGGGCCUAUCCCCUUUAGUGACUACCUUUCCACAGAAAAACUGGAAUGCUGUGAGAAAAUUGGGGAAGGAGUGUUUGGGGAAGUGUUCCAAACGAUUACUGAUCAGACACCUGUAGCCCUAAAAAUCAUUGCUAUUGAAGGACCAGAUUUAGUCAAUGGGUCCCAUCAAAAAACCUUUGAGGAGAUCCUGCCAGAGAUCAUCAUCUCCAAAGAGCUGAGCCUCUUGUCUGAUGAGGUGUACAACCGCACAACAGGCUUUAUUGGGCUGAACUCAGCACACUGUGUUCAAGGGCCUUACCCUCCCUUGCUGCUCAAAGCCUGGGAUCACUAUAACUCAAUCAAAAAAUCUGAAAAUGACCGGCCUGACUUUUUCCAGGAAGACCAGCUCUUUAUUAUCCUGGAAUUUGAGUUUGGUGGGGUUGACUUAGAGCAAAUGAAAUCAAAGCUGUCCUCUGUGGCUACUGCAAAGAGCAUCCUGCACCAGAUCACCGCGUCCCUGGCAGUGGCAGAAGCAUCGCUGCAUUUUGAGCACCGGGACUUACACUGGGGGAAUGUGCUCUUAAAGAAAACCAGCCUCAAAGAGCUCCACUACACCCUCAAUGGGAAGACAAGCACCAUUCCCACCCAUGGGAUACAGGUCAACAUCAUCGACUACACCCUGUCCCGACUGGAGCGGGAUGGGAUUGUGGUUUUCUGUGACAUCUCCACAGAAGAGGACCUGUUUACAGGUGAAGGUGACUACCAGUUUGAGGUCUACAGGCUCAUGAGGAAGGAGAACGAAGGCCGCUGGGGAGAGUAUCACCCCUACAGUAACGUGCUGUGGCUGCAUUACCUCGCAGACAAGAUUCUCAAUCACAUGAGCUUUAAGAGUAAAUGUCAAAGCGCAGCCAUGAAGCAAGUAAAGAAAAAGCUGCUUCAUUUCUACAGGACCGUACUGAGCUUCAGAUCUGCCACUGACCUGCUCUGCCAGCACAGUCUGUUCAAAUGAGCCAGGUAGUUGUACUCACCUUGAGAGUACUUGCAAAGCUUCAUUGAGUACAUUUUUAAAGCCUCUGGUACUGUUUUUAAUCUCUGCCACUAGAGCAGGAUGGAGGUAAAUACCCAUCCUUAAGAGUUCCCUCACAGCUUUUUAAAAGAGAAUUUUGUUUUUAAAAGGUAACCAAAAUGUUUGUCAACAUGAUUAAACUUGCUUUU